UUUAAAGCAUGCUUCCCGGUGCGCGCGUGCAGCAGUAGUGAGAGUGCAGUGCGGGAGGAUGUCCGGUCUGCGCGUGUGUCUGUGCGCCCUGCUGUGGCCCUGCCUGGCGGCCCUGCACUCAGGUACGCACACUGCGCUGCGCUCGGGUCACUCAGAUAGAGAGAACCCUCCUUCCAGGGUUUUCCAUCACUGGUGUGCCCUAAAGAAGGACGAAGGGCCCUGCAAGGCCCUAAAGGACAGAUUCUACUUCAACAGCGACACACUUCGCUGCGAGCAUUUCGAGUAUGGAGGCUGUCAGGGCAACGCGAACAAUUUCAUGACGCUAGAAGAAUGUGAAGAAAUGUGUCUGGUGAAAGCCGACAAGAGUCCGUGCCACCUGGAGGAUGAGCCGGGUCCUUGUCGAGGUCUCGUACCGCGCUACUUCUUCGACAACAAGAUGAAAGAGUGCAGACGUUUCUACUAUGGCGGCUGCUUUGGAAAUGCCAACAACUUUAGGACCCUUAAAGAAUGUCAGGACCGAUGCCAACCGGAAAUGAAAGAAAACGCUGAGGAACCACAGGACGGUCUGAAGCCUGAAAAGAAACCGGACUCGAACGAUUGGUUACUCGUUAUCCCGGAGUUUCCCUCAGAGUCGAACUCACAGCCGCAGAAGCUGCCGAUACUGGAGGCAAAACCAGACACGGAGUUUGUUCUUCCUGAUCACUGCCUGAGUCCGUUAGACGCGGGUGAAUGUGAAGGUGUGGAGAGGAGAUUUUUCUACAACUCCAAAACGAAACGCUGUCACACCUUUAAAUACAGCGGCUGCGGAGGAAACAAGAACAACUUCAUCUACAAGAGGCUGUGCAUGAAAACCUGCAUGAAAGAUUUCAGGAGGACCGGCCGAAUACGAAUAAAGACCAAGAACUUGAACAUCUUAACGAGGUCCGACUGAGUCCCCUGAAGCACUCCCGAUUUCAUUUUAAUGUGUAACAUUAGUAUUUUAUAGAUCUGUAACAGCUUUAUACACUUUAUUAUACAAUUCUCUGUAUCGUCUGUGUAUUCUUCAUGUUACUUCAUAACCGUUUAAAAUGUAAGCUUCUUUCUUCUCAUCUAAUAUUCAAGAAUACAUUUUUGCACAUAUUUGAGUUUUCUGUUGUUCAGAAGGUUGUGAGUUCAAAUCCCAGGACUGCCAGAGAGCCGAAGUUGAGUCCUCGAGAGAGACUUUUACCCCACAUGUGGCCAGCUGUGUGCUUGCAUGGCCUUUCCUAAGCAUCACUUUGGAUUAAAGUGUCUCUGAAUUAAUGACUGUAUAUCCGGGCGACGAUCGUCACCAGGGUUUUAGAGUGAAGUGGAAACGUCUCCGAGGCCCUCUGGUGGCUGGGUAGAGUACAGUGUUUAGCUCCACCCAUUCCCGUGUACAUGAACGGAAAACAAGCCAAGUUGUUUUUUUAAGUCUUCACAAAUUAUUUUUGGGAACAGCGUCCUGUCGUUCUUACCCGUGCCGUUGAUUGUGAUAUUUACCGCGAUAUUAAUUUGUUGAUAAGGUGAUGAUGAACGGCUCGAAAUACGAGCGUGCACACUUUUUCCAACACGCACCUCGAGUUCAUAAAGUCUUAAAGUGAUGGCAUUAAACCAGGAGAACUAACUCGAGAUACAUUUCAGAACAAUUUACUGUUGACUGUAUGACCAUAACAAACCCUUAACGUAGCUUGGGAAGGUUCAUCAUUCACUCGCUUUUAAACACCAAACAACUAAUAUUCCAAUUAUAACCGGUUUAAAAGCCCAAACUGAAGAAAAGCCUUCAUAUAAACACCAUAGUCAGAAUAAAAAAAAGGCUUAAGCUGAUUGAAAUUUGAAAUCAGUUGCGGGACGGAGGGGAGGGAGUUUAAACCUUUUCAUAAACUGAUCAAAAGAAAAAUUGUACCGUGUAAACGAUGCAACCAGAUUACUUCCUGUUUACAUUCUUUCCGUUAAUGCUGUCCGUCUCGACGUAAAUCCGUGAUGUACGUUUCUCAAAAGGGCGGCUUACACGUUCAACUGGACGUCUGUGGAGAGCUUGUUUUUAAUACGCACUCUGAAAGAACCCCACGUUAUUGGAUGACUAGAUGGAAGAAAAGUAAAGAUAUUGGACUCGACAAACAAGUCCACAAAAAAAAAAGACUGAAGCAUCAGUAAAUACUGUAAAAUACGUCUGAUAUCUUAAAACACGUGCCAAACAACGGCCUCGAGGAAAAUGAACGCAUGACGUGUGCAUGUCACAUCACGCAACUGUUCCAAUUAAAUCACUCGCCGCAUGUAAACACCAAACUGUAUUAGAUCACAUCCCAUGUACACAGUUAACCUGAAAUCUUCAAUCGAGAAAGAUGAAAAUCAUAGAGAGAUAAUAUGCAGAAUUAUUAUCCAUCCAGGACACUUUUUCAGUGGAAUAAAAACGUGUUCUAUUCCCUUCUAGCGGGUUUCAUUCAUUUGGUUUGAUAGCAUGCAAUAUUUUUAGCAUAUCGCUUAUCCUACGUGCAUUACGUCACUCUACCCAAUGGAGAAUGAGCGUUGAAUAUGGUUUAUGAUAUUGCACGGUUGUCAAGACAACAUGACAUCACACAUCGGAGAUGUAAAACUUCCACGCUAGCGAGCGACUGACAGUUUGUAAACAAACAUGGCCGCCAGGUUCGCUUCAUUAAAUACGGAAGAUUUUGAGAGAAUUUUGAAAGAGAAAGACGUGUUGAACACCCGAAAGGAAUGUGCAUGUAUUAUAAUAAGAAAAUUUGAAUUUCCCUCCAGGGAUUAAUAAAGUGAUUCUGAAUAAUAAUAAUAAUAAUAAUAAUAUUGGCUGGGGUUUUUUCGUGGUCUUUCAGAUAUAUUCCAUUCAGCUAGCAUGAAAAGUGAACGAGUUGAACACGAGUAGCUAAAUGGAAUUGUAUAUCUGAUAGACCACGAAAAAAAAAACCCAGCCAAUAUUAUUUAAAUGUUAUUUUGAAUGUAAAUAUUGACCAGUAUAUUUUCAUUACACUACCUACUUUUAGUUAUAUUACUCUGUUAACGUGACGGAUCACUAGCUAACAUCAGCUCUUUAGUAAAUGGUAGCUCAUUCAGUGAUGACUCCGCCCUGAUCGUGUCCUGAGUAAACACAAGCAAGAUGAAAACUUUCUAUUCAGUGGAAAUGGUGGGAGUCAAAGGCCCUGUUUUAUCCACUCAUACACAGCCACUGCUCUGAAAUGAAUAAAUGUACAUUUCAGCGCUGUAUCAGUGAUUGUAAAUGAAUCAAACAGUUCAAUAUCAUCAAAUCUUUUAUUAACUGAGUAAUGAUGCAUAGCAGUGCAAAAAUGCACAAAGCUGCUUUAUUCUCCUCCUACUGUUUGUGUGUAUAUAAAUAAUAUAGUAUAUUCCUUUUACUUACUUGUGCUCAAAUAAAUAUACAGUGUGA